GGCACGUUCGGGCAUUGUGAAAGGUGUAUUGGGAGUGGCACUGGGCUUUAGAGUGGGAAGUCCCUGUGGCCACUGAUGUAUAUGUAGGCAAAACAGAGCAGUAGUCAACAUCGCUCGACCUGUUUUCUGGGGCAUCUGAAACGUAAUACAGUUUUUACAGUGUCAAUGGAGUCUUGCACAUUCAUUCAGGACAAAUUAAGUGAGUGGAACCUCAGAGAGUUAAUUAAAGCGUUUGAAGAUGAGCAGAUCAACAGGGAAACUUUCUUAAGUCUUGACACUUCAUCUCGCCUUGAAGUCUUGAUCCCCAAAAUUGGACCCAGAGUUAAAUUUAAAAAAAGACUGCAGGAAUACAAACAGUCUCUCAACAGACAAUAUGAUGAGGAAAUGAUGGAAACAAAUGUGGAAACAAAUGUGGAAACAAAUGUGAACCUAGUGAUAGACCGAGUGGCCUCUCAUCAUACGAGUACCACAUCUUUUCCUUCACAAUCUUUUGUAACUCAACAAGGCUUCCUGGCUACCCAGCUUUUUGUACUGCGUCAUCGCCUAACUGCUCCUGUGCAGAAAGACCUAAUGACUUUGAUUAAAUAUAUCAUCCCUACAUUUACAGCAGAUUCCAAUUUUAACACUGAGAAGAUGAAGAUACAUCAACAUAAAUCAGGAUUUUUUCUGGUUAGCUCUUUGAAAGACCUUCUUAAACAUACCCUUCAGAGUUACGGAUUGAAACUGCUUCCAAAAAUGGUCAAUUGUGAAGAUGAAAUCAAUGACAUUAUGGAUGGAAAAAUGUACCAGAAACUGAUAGAAACCAAAUCACUGUCAGAUGAUGAUAUUACCUUGUUGUGGAACUGUGAUGGAGUCCCAGUUGAGCAGAAGUCCAUCUGGCCUCUUCAGUUCACUAUCAAUGAGCUGCCUUACCAAAUCAGAAAGCAAAAUAUACUGGUUCCAGCACUUUGGUGUGGCACAGGACCUCCUAAUAUGGCAGACUUUUUAAGACCUUUUAUUGAUGAAUGUCUUGAAUUAACCAAAGCUCCACUCAAAUGGAUAGAUGGUGAUGGAGAAGCUCAUUCCUCAAGAGUUUUUGUUUUGGUUUGCUCUUCUGAUGCUGUGGCUAGACCCUUACUUCAGAAUAGUAUACAAUUCAACGGUGAAUAUGGUUGUGACUGGUGUUUGCACCCUGGCACAGUGGUUGAUAAGGGCUCAGGAAAAAUCAGGUCAUAUGCUUACGAUGAACAGAAACAGACAGCAAGAUGUGAGAAAAUGUAUCAAGCAGAUGCCAGCAGAGCAGAGGCCUCAGGAAAACAGGUCAAUGGAGUAAAAGGAGUAAGUGUCCUGCAGGAACUCCCAGUCUUUGACAUAGUGCAGGGGUUUGUCCCAGAGUACUCGCACGCAGUUCUGCUUGGAGUGACCAAACAGCUGGUCUUCCUCUGGCUUGAGGACAAGAAUUCAACAGAGCCAUGGUACAUAGGUAACAGAGUAGAUGAAUUGGAUGCACGUCUUCUCAGUCUUAGGCCAGCCUUAAAAAUAACCAGAUCUCCAAUUUCACUGAAGUGCAGAGACACCUGGAAAGCUCUAGAUUGGCAGGCAUUUCUUUUAUUCUAUGGUACUUAUGUUCUCGAACCAUACCUAAAACCUUCAUAUCUGAAUCAUUUUUACUGGCUUUCAUGUAAUGUGCACAUUCUCCUCCAAGACACCAUCACUGUAGAGAAUCUGAAUUGUGCACGUGAAAACUUGGUGCACUUUGUUAAAGACAUGGCUGGACUUUAUGGUGAGGAACAUGUCACUUUCAACUGUCACCAGCUCAUCCAUUUACAUGACAGUGUUCAAAACUGGGGCCCCCUUUGGGCUACAUCUGCCCUGGGCUUUGAAAGUAACAAUAAAGAUUUACAGGCUCUGCUUCGUGACGUAAUUACUGAUUCUGAAAGUAUUGUAAAGAAGUUUAGUAUUUGGCAGCAUAUACCUAACCACCUCAGAUCAUUUGUCUUUAGCAAUUUAGAACUGAACGACUUGCUAAACCUGAACUUACCACAAAAUGUUUGCAAAGUCAUGUAUGCUCCUCUUGGAGAUAGUUGCCAUCUUGAUAUCAAUGAUUCAACUAAGUUAGCAGUACAGGACCUCCUCAAGGACACUGGUCAGAUAAGUGCUUAUGAGUGCUUUAGAAAGGGUCGUCUAGUUUACCAUUGUGACAACAGUAAAGCUGCUGACAAAACAAAGUGCACUGUUAAACUAAACAACAGGUGCUUUGGAGAAAUCCACCUGUUCCUUGAAGUUAAACGUCCAUGUGUGUGCACUUCCCGCUGUCUGUGCCGUGUCAUUGUGGUCAAGAUGUUUGACACCAGUCCUGUUUUCAGGGAGCUAAACAUGGGAUCAGCACAGACUGUUUUUGUCAAAGGAAAACUGACUGAAGAUCUUAGGGCCUUUUACAUCCAUGAUAUAAAAUGUGAAUGUGUGAAUGUCAAUGGUUGGAUUGUGCCCCUUCCAAAUAUACAUGAAAUAUAUUAACCAUUCCCAUGGGGUGGGUUCAGGCAAAAAAAAAAAAGAAUCAUCAUGGGCUUAUUCCAAGAAAUUGUUGAAAGUGUCACAUUUAGUCUGCAAAUGAUUUUGAUUGCUGUUUCAUUUAUUUUUCUUCUUAUUAUUUAUUUAUUAUUAUUAUUAGUGCUUGUCUCUUUCUUUUUUCCAAGUUUAAAGAUAGGUGGGCGUUGCCUUAGCCUUUUCUGUCACAAUCAUAUGCAAUGAUAUAAGUAAAGUUGGAUUGGACAAUUCAAAUAAAUAAUUCAUGAACAAAACUGACAUAUUAAUGAGUUAAUUAUAUGCUUACACCCUCUUUAAUAGCACCUUAAUUACAUUCUUGAGUUUCACAGCCACAUACUUUGGUUUAACUCCAUAACAUAAGGUCAACUUUUUAUAACGUUAAACAAUAAACACUUCCAUCGAUACCUAUCUGCAAAACCUGGAUCUACUUAAACAGACCACUAAUAAA